GAUUGACCUUGAUUUUUGUAGGGCACGCGCGCGUGAUGGUGCAGACCUCCCUUGACUGUCAAGCGCCCCUGGUCCCACCAUCAAGCCGGGGAUGGUUGCGCUGUUGGCUGGCAGAAGCAGGUGCUCAAUUGCGCUUGGCGUUGCCAUUCGCAACAGGUCAGCUUAUCAACUGCGCUGCGACAUUUGUGACACUUCAUGUUGUUGGGGGCGAAGGCACUGGUGCUGUAGCAGCUGUUGGUUUGGCAAUGGCAUUGUACGCUUGCCUUGGGCGAAAUCUGAUCAUGGGUCUUUGUGGUGCUGUGGAUACGAUUUCCUCCCAAGCAGCAGGCUCCAUCUUGGACCAUUCACCUUGCUUUGUGUUUCGGCGCUUUGGUGGCUUCCUUUGGUCACAGAGCCUUCGAUCGGACAUGUCACGGCCAAGUUUUUGCUUCUUGUCAUCCCUGACCUAGCCGCCCAAUGCAUAUGGCGGCCCAUGAACCGUGUGCUCGCAUCUCAGCGGAUCACUUCCCCAUUCAUGUUUGUGUCACUUCUGGCCCUGGUUUGUCACUAUUUAUUCUGUUUGUCUCUAGUCUCGCGUUUUGGUGCCUUGGGAGCUGCAGUAGCUACCUCCUUGAGUGGCUGGAUGACCUUGUUCUUUGGCACUGCAUCUGUCUGGCUGGUGGGUGCUGGUCCCACCAUUUGGGGUGGGCAAUCCACAGAUGAGGCAAUCAAGCAGGGGGGCGCGGGUUGGCUUGAUUUGUCCAAGUUGGCAUAUCCCUCUGCAGCCAUGAGAAUCUUGGAGUCUUCAGGCUUCUCAGGAAUUGUCACAACCAGCUCACUUUUGCCUUUCCCCAAGAUUGAGGUGGACAUCAUGAGCCUUUCGCUCAAUGUGUAUGGAUGCCUCUUCACGCCGUUCCCCGCGCUGUCGGUGUGUGCUGAUACGCGCGUGGGCAAUGCCAUUGGGAGGGGUGCUGCAAUGGAAGCCCAGCGCGCUAUGCGAGUGGCUGCAGUGCUCUCCAUACCUUCGGCAGCAGCCGUCUCCUUGGUUCUGGUGGUUCCGCAGUGCAGGCAGCUGGUUGACACUGUGCUUCACUUAGACAUGCUGGACGCGCGGGUGAAAGCAGGCCUAGACACCAUUUUUACAAUCUUCGUGUGUGGAUUCUACUACGUUGAUGGUUUCCAGACGGCCCUUUCCGGUGCAAUCCGUGGCACGGGACAACAACAGAGGGGUGCUCGAAUCUGUGUGUUGGCAUACUGGGUCGCAGGCAUUCCAGCUGCACUUGCUCUGGGAUUUGCUGCUGGCCUAAAAAGUACGGGCUUGUGGCUUGGUAUGAUGGUUGGCCCGUUCGUGCAAAUGGUUCUCUACUCGUGGCUGCUGGUAAAGUUGGAUUGGCAUGCUGUAGCUGCAACUUGUGAGGAGCGCUUGCGCCCUAUGGAUGAAGUUGACGACUCUGCCACGGGUGCAUGAAAACUGUUGCAACCCAUUCUGAUUGUCCUUGCUUUGUACAGUGUACAGCCUCCAGGGCCUUUGUGACUGCAACUUAGCCAGGCAAUUCGGGGUGCGCUCAAAUCAAAAGCGUUACCGUAGUGUUGCAAUGGCAGCUUGGAGUUGCCGAAGCUAUCCUUCAUGAUAUGUAGGCGAGGUGCCGAUGCUCAGCUGCAAAGUCAGUUGUUGAACGC